AUGUGCCACCUGCGUUGGCUUGAAGUAACCUUCCUUCCAGACCCAGUCCAAGUUAAGGACGGGCAUAUCUGGGAUAGAUAUCUCCAUCGGCCAUCGGAGGUUGGGACUGGUCGAGGCUCCAGAGUCAAAAUGAUUAAAAGCCAAAAACCGAGAACGGUGAGAUCGAUUUUCCCGAAAGUUUCCCGAAGUGCAGCCUCUGCUGAAAUACUACAGCAUACUGUACAAGAUCUGGUAUACGUAUUAGAUCCUGGUCACAGAGCAGUUACCAGGGUUUUGAAUUGGCCAGACGCCGUCAGUAACUUUCCCCCGCAUGAUCUCCGGCCCAAAUCGCAUUCCAGAUUAUUUCAGAAGCGAUUUAACAUGGAGCUACCGUACGGUUGCCUGUCUUGA